GUUGCACAAAGUAGGCAUGUCCUUGGCUUCCCUCCAGAACUGAUUUUACAUUCACCCUUUGCACCUUGAAAAGUUUUCUGUUUUCCCAGCCCUCAGCUGUCACAGACAUGCUUUCUCUGUCACUACAAACGUUACGGCCCCACUUCCUAAGGGUUUCAGGAUAUUUGGGCAGAGAGGGACAGGUCACAGCAGAGUCAUGCAGGCAAGGCCUCAGUGCAGCUGGUGCAUGGACGGGACAGGAGAGCCUGGCACAGGAUGACCCAGAGAUGUGGCGCCUCCUGCAGCAGGAGAAGGACAGGCAGUGUCGGGGACUGGAGCUCAUUGCAUCAGAGAACUUCUGCAGCCGUGCAGCGCUGGAGGCCCAGGGCUCCUGUCUGAACAACAAGUACUCUGAGGGAUACCCAGGACAAAGGUACUAUGGAGGUGCAGAGAUCGUGGACAAAAUUGAGCUGCUGUGUCAGCAGCGAGCCCUCACUGCCUUCAGUCUUGACCCAAACCUGUGGGGCGUUAAUGUCCAGCCGUACUCCGGAUCCCCCGCAAACUUUGCAGCAUACACAUCUGUCCUGCAGCCUCAUGACCGCAUCAUGGGCCUGGACCUGCCUGACGGAGGACACCUUACCCACGGCUACAUGUCAGACACCAAGAGAAUCUCAGCCACCUCCAUCUACUUUGAAUCGAUGCCUUACAAGCUGGAUCAUGAAACAGGUCUCAUAGAUUAUGACCGCUUGGAGAAGACAGCCAGACUUUUCCGACCCAGACUCAUCAUAGCAGGAACCAGCGCCUACGCUCGCCUCAUGGACUACUCUCGCAUGAAGAAGCUGUGUGUGGAGCUUGAUGCCUACCUGCUGGCGGACAUGGCUCAUAUCAGUGGCUUGGUGGCAGCAGGAGCUGUUCCCUCUCCUUUCCAUCAUGCUGACCUGGUAACCUCUACUACCCAUAAGUCUCUGCGUGGAGCAAGGGCUGGUCUAAUCUUUUACCGGAAAGGUGUGCGGUCUGUGGAUAAGAAAGGUCGGGAGGUGACCUAUGACCUCCAGGACAGGGUGAACUUUGCCGUGUUUCCAUCACUUCAGGGAGGACCUCACAACCACGCCAUUGCUGGUGUGGCCGUCGCCCUCAAACAGGCUUCCACUCCGAUGUUUAAACAAUACAUCACUCAAGUGCUGCUGAAUGCAAAGGCCAUGGCUAAUGCUCUGCUGCAGAAAGGCUACACCCUGGUGUCAGGUGGAACAGACAACCACCUGGUCUUGGUUGACCUUCGACCUUGCGGGAUAGACGGGGCUCGAGCUGAGAGGGUCCUGGAGCUGGUUUCCAUCACCGCCAACAAGAACACCUGUCCUGGAGACAAGAGCGCCUUGACUCCUGGAGGACUCAGGCUUGGAGCUCCGGCUCUGACCUCGCGACAGUUCAGGGAGGAAGACUUUGAAAAGGUUGUUGAGUUUAUUGAUGAGGGGAUUCAGAUUGCACUGGAUGUGAAAAAGAAGACUGGAAAUCUGGCCAGCUUUAAGUCCUUCCUGCUUGAGGAUUCAGAGACAAUGUCGCGUGUCACAGAGCUUCGCCAGCGGGUGGAGCUAUUUGCUAGGCCCUUUCCCAUGCCUGGAUUCACUGACCACUAACAACACA